AACUAGAAAUAUCCGGUAAUAUAUCACGUCGGAGUUUAACUUUCGGCGGCACCGAAUGCAGCAAGUUAAUAGCACCUAGCGGUGUAACAUAAAUCCACUGAUCUUGUUUAUUGUGUAUUUAUUCAUCGGCAUGCCUGCUGAAAGUUUACGAUGGGAUACAUUGGAGGCCUUGAAAAACUCACCCAAAGGAAGACUGAAAUACUCAGACUGGCUCGAAAAGGGGGAGGAUAUUUUGUCAGGUUGUAAUGAAGGUCCAAGCUUGUCCCCACUGUCAGGGCUCAUCCUGAAGAGAUUUAAUCUGAGCCCUCGGCCACUUCUGAAGACCUGCUCUUUGGGCUCUGCUUCUUGUGACCCAAGCCCCGGCCUGUCUAAGGAGGCCCCAGUCUCCUCAAGCUGCUCAUCCAGCUCUUUCCCUUCAGCUAUUCAUCAGCCGGCUCCCCUCUCAUCUCCACCAAUAGUCUCCAGGUUGAAGGAAGAGGAGCAGAUUGUUGGUGAUGAGGAAAGUUCUCCAGAUGCUACCAGUGAUGUCAGCCCUGUCUCCAUCCCCACUCCUCCCCCCACCAUAUCUCUUCUGUCUCCCCGGGCAACUCAAAUGGCAGGAUGUAUACUCAUGUGUGAGGAGAAACACCGCGCCAAGGCCAAGAUGGAGUUGGCGCUCAGGCAGGAGCUGCAGGAGAAGCUGGUGGCCUCGGUGGCGAGCCGGGAGUCCGAGCAGCUGAAACGCUUUGAGGAGUUCAUGGAACUGAAGCAGAGGCAGGAGUUCCAGAGCAUGAGGGACAUGAUGGACAGAGAGACACAAGAAAGCAUUGGGCGCCAAGAGAAGUUGAAAGAAGAGCACAAAAACAGAAUAAAGAUUUUGAACCUACGCAUGCGGGAGGCGGAGCAGCAGCGUUUGCGGGAGGCAGAGUUUGAGAAGCAGAGACAGGUGGAGGGCAGGGAGAGACUGCGCGCUCUCAACGCCAUCCAAGAAGAGAUUCUGCAACUCAAUCAGCUCCUGGAGCAGGCCGCGCCCACCCAGUCAGGCCACACGCCUGACUUCACAUCCUACAGCACCCGCGCCAACCAGCUCUGCUCCCAGGUGUCUGAAGUGAUACGCACGACAGCCGAGGGGGAGUUCCCCAGUGUGGAGGACAUGACGGUGGCAGAGCGGGCGCUGCAUGAGAUGAGGUCAGUGAUCCGGGUCAUGCAGGACGCGGCUGCUCAGGCCCAGGAGAAGAGGAAGAAGGAGCAGGAGGAGGAAGAGGACCGCAGGAAGUUUGCAGAGCUGCAGGCCCAGAAGGAGGAGCAGAAGAAGAGUGCCGCUCUGUCAGCCAAAGAAAAAGCACAGAAAAAGGGCCUACAGACUAAAGCAGAGGACACUACCCUGAAGUGGUACCAGGAGCUGCAGGUCUCAGCCAACCAGUGUGCACAGUCUUUUGAAGGCCUGAACAACACUAAGGAUCUCCAGACAAAGAAACUAAGAAUGGAGCUCCAGAAGGCAGCCACCAUCCCGGUCAGUCAGAUCUCCAGUAUCUCAGGUUCCAAGCUCAGGGAAAUAUUUGACAAGAUUGACAAGCUGUUGUCCGGGCGACCAGUGGUGUCGGGAGGGAAGUCUGUCUCCAUCUCCCAACAUCCCAACGGCCUGGACUUUGUCAGCUAUAAACUCGCCGAGAAGUUUGUGAAACAAGGAGAGGAGGAAGUGGCGUCCCACCACGAGGCUGCCUUCCCCAUCGCGGUGGUGGCCUCCGGGCUCUGGGAACUACACCCGAAAGUGGGAGAUCUCAUCCUUGCCCACCUUCACAAGAAGUGUCCCUAUGCCGUGCCCCACUACCCGCCUAUGAAGGAUGGCACAUCUGUUGAGGAAUAUCAGAAGAUCUUAGGCUACCGUGUGGAAGACGGAGGGGUGGAGGCUCAGGACAGCUUUUUAAAGAGGAUGUCCGGAAUGAUCCGCCUCUAUGCUGCUCUCAUACAGCUUCGAUGGCCAUAUGGCUCCAAGCAGGGGCCUGACCCACAUGGCCUGAACCAUGGCUGGCGUUGGCUUGCUCAGAUGCUGAACAUGGAACCCCUGGCAGACGUCACGGCAACACUGCUCUUUGAUUUCUUAGAGGUCUGCGGCAACGCCCUGAUGAAGCAGUAUCAGGUUCAGUUUUGGAAGCUCAUUUUGCUCAUCCAAGAGGAGUACUUGCCAAGGAUUGAAGCCAUCACCAGCGAAGGCCAGGCGGGCUCCGUCACCAGGCUCAAGCAGUUUCUGCAGAGCUCAUUAAGAAGCAGGCAGAUCCUUCCUCCCAAAGGCCAGCUAAGCGCGCACUUCUGGAGAUCCUAAUUUUUAGGGGUGGCAAUCUGGAGAAGGUUCUUUGGACAUGACUGCAUGAUCCUAGUCUUCAUGUCAACUCACCCUAGAUAGAGAAACUGUCAAGAUGUGGAAUGAUGUGCUGUAUCAAUGUACUUCUAGUAUAUACACUUAAUAUACCAAAUUUACAUAAACUGGCCUUAACCUUGACAGUUAACCUAUAAUCGUUUUAAAACCAGAUGCAUAGCCAAACCAUUGUUCUUCCACCCUUAUCGGUGUUGAGAAAAUAAUUCCUAAAGUAGUGAAUGUGAUUUCUUGCUGCUCUGGAGUAUUUUUAUUAAAGGGAUUUCUGUCCCAUCCAUUUCGGGGAAUAAGACCGCUUUUACCUCACCUUUUUAUUUUUUUGCUUCCAAAUCAUGACAUCUACUAUUCAAGCCAUUUUGUCAGUGUUGUCAUAGAUAAUGGAAUGUAGUCCACCAAUAUUUGUAUAUAUUUUGUACAUUGACAUGCUAUUUACUAUUGUUUCAUAGUUUGCAAAUUUUAAGUUUAAUGCGUUAUGUAAAGGUUAUGAGAAUACAGGUAACUUAAGUACUAUUCAGUAUAAGAGUAUAUCUCUUGCUCCAAGUGCCACGUGUGGUACAAAAUUGAACAAUGUGCAGUGUUGAUUCUGAAUUAAAACCUGAUACAUUCU